AUGGCGGCCUCCCAGUUGGCAGCUCUGGAGGAAGUGGACUCGGGGGCCGGGGGGCUGACCCUGACCGAGGCCAGCCCUGGCUUCCCGUAUUCUGAGGGCCAGCGGCUGGCGCUUGAGGCUCUGCUGAGCCAGGGUGCAGAGGCCUUCGAGGCCUGUGUGCAGCGCGAGGGGCUGCGGCCCUUCCUGAGUGGGGAUGAGCUCCGGGGCCUGGCCGCAGCAGCUGAGGACUGGACAGCAGCCAAGCAGGAGCCCGGCAGGACAGCAGAGGGAGCCACCGCCGCUGAUGGGGACUCAGGCAGCCUGACCUACUGGCCCGGACAGUCAGAGGAGCCGGUGCCCACGCUGCGGCUGGGCUGGCCGGAGGACCUGACCUGGAAGGGUAUCACCCGGGCACAGCUGUACACCCAGCCUCCUGGCGAGGGCCACCCGCCCCUCAAGCAGCUGGUGCGCCAGGAAAUCCAGGCUGCCCGCAAGCUGGUGGCCGUGGUCAUGGACGUCUUCACUGACCCAGACCUGCUUUCGGACCUGGUGGACGCCGCCACACGCCGCUGGGUGCCCGUCUACCUGCUCCUGGACCGCCAGCAGCUGCCUGCCUUCUUGACCCUGGCUCAGCAGCUGGGGGUGAACCCCUGGGCCACUGAGAACCUGGACAUCCGCGUCGUGUGGGGCUGCAGUUUCCAGAGCCGCUGGCGUCGGCACGUGAGCGGCCACGUGCGGGAGAAGUUUGUGCUACUGGACGGCGACAAGGUCAUCUCAGGAUCCUACAGCUUCACGUGGAGCGACUCACGCCUGCACCGUGGUCUGGUGACCCUGCUCACCGGCGAGAUCGCCGACGCCUUCAGCCGCGAGUUCCGGACACUGUACGCGGCCUCCUGGCCGCUCCCGCCUGCGCCCACCCCGAGCCCCUGUGUCGGCGCCCUGGGGAAGCUGCCACUGGUCCACAGCUCACACCACGUGGCCCGCCGCCGCUCCGUGGCCCCCGUGUUGGCCCCGCUGCCUGCUGGCCCGCUGGCCCAACGUCUGGCUGCCUGCCGCGUCUCGGAGGGGGACAGGCAGGAGGCCCCGGCCGUCGUGGGGCCGGCGCUUAGCGACAUCCUGAGGAGCGUACAGCGUGCCCGGACCCCCAGCGGCCCCCCGGCCCGGCCCAGCCGCUCCCUGUGGGACCUGAGUCGCCUGUCCCAGCUGUCGGGCUCCAGUGACGGCGAUAAUGAGAUCAAGAAGUCCUGGGGCCCCAAGGACACCCCAGCCAAGGCCCUGAUGAGGCAGCGGGGUGCUGCAGGGAGCCCCUGGGGUGAAACAGACUCCCGUCCGCUGGCCUGGUCCCAGCCCUGGGGCGGCCCCCUGCCCCUCAUCUCCGCCCGCCGCCUCCGCUAUCUGUCCCCGACCCGCAGGAGGUUUGGAGAGGAUGCUGCAUCCAAAUUCCCAGAACCCAGAGGCGUCCAGCAGCCAGACUGGGCCACCCGGGUGGGGGCCAGGGGGCGACCCUGA